GGAAGGGAAGGCCUCACAGCCAGCGUCAAUCCACUUCGAUCUCACUUCACAAAAACCGCUCUCUCAGGCUCGACGUCGACCCAAUCCCAUUGUCGCUUGACGAGAGCCUGGGAACCAGCGGUCCAUUGUCUUUCUCUCUAGCACACUCUUUUGUUUGUUUUUUUCUGUUGCUGUCCCUUGUAAAAAAAAUAUCCUUAACUAACUAAUCCAGGCUCCCUGUCCACCACAAGCAGCUCUCUCAACGCCUGGAGCUGGCUCUUCUUCUUUUCAGUAAAGCACCAAUAACGCGCGUCAUGUGGUUUAAUUGGUAACUAAUGUGAAGCUGGAGAGCAUGAAAAGAUAGCGGACUUCCAACAUGGCAGCAGCAGCAAGUCCAUCUGUUACAGCUGCCGUGAGUGCUGCCCUUGAUGCGCAAAGCGGCACUGGCCAGAGGUCCGCAGGCAUAUCAAUAUCCACAUUUCUCGCCUCACUGGCAACUGCUAUUAUUGUCUUUGCUGUUGAAUUUCUUCUUUUCCUCGCCCUCAAGGGGAAAUUGGUUCGGAUCUACCAACCACGUACGUAUCUUGUCCCCGAGCGCGAACGCACCGCUCCCUCUCCUCCAGGUCUGUUCCAAUGGAUUGGGCCCGUUUUCAAAACCUCGAACUCGGAGUUCAUUCAAAAGUGCGGCCUUGAUGCCUAUUUCUUUUUACGGUACCUACGAAUGCUACUUAAAAUUUUCAUACCCCUCUCGCUACUCAUUCUACCGACCCUUCUGCCGGUGAACAAAGUCGAUGGCAGGGAUAGGAGUUUCCUCCAUGGUGCCAGUGGCGCAAGGUAUAACGUCACCGGGCUGGAUCAAUUGGCCUGGGGAAACGUGAGGCCUGAAAACAGUAACCGCUACUGGGCCCACUUGAUUCUUGCUGUUGUUGUGGUUGUGUAUGUAUGCGCUGUCUUCUUUGACGAGCUUCGGGGUUAUAUACGGCUGCGACAAGCCUACCUGACAUCCCCUCAACACCGUCUGCGAGCAUCUGCUACCACGGUGCUCGUAACAUCCAUUCCGGAAAAAUGGCUAUCUAUCGAAGCAUUGGAUAAUCUUUUCGAUGUAUAUCCUGGAGGAGUUCGAAAUAUUUGGCUGAACCGGAACCUUGAUCAACUAAGCGCUAAAAUUAAAUUACGAAACAAAUUGGCUUUGGUACUUGAAGCUGCAGAAACCGAGCUGAUCAAGAAAUGCAAGAAAGCACAAUUGAAAAUGGCAAAGUCGGAGAGAAAGAAAUCAGGGAAGCAUUCUAAAGAAGACCUUCAGCGCGAAGAGACAGAAGCGGAGAAAAGAGCGUCUAAGCUUGUCGACAGCGCCGGUGUGAGCUCUGGCAAUCCGCAUCAAAUAGCCCAUACCAUUCAACAGGCACUACGAUCCGGUGCAGAUCGAGAUUCGGAUUCAGAAGACGAUUCACGAGAAAAGCAUAAAACUGUUCGUCGAGUUGGAACCGACGUGGCAGAAAUGGGGAGUACAGUGCAUGGGGGAGUAAGGAAUGUUGGACAAAACUUAGAGGGUCGCUUGACAAAUACUGGUGGUUUGACUAUUGAGCGAUCCGGGAGCAUUGCCGGGUCAGUUUCAAGUAUGAAUACUACGCCUUCUGGGAAACCAACGGGAUUUCGUCAGUCCAUAAACGAAACCCCACUCCCAUCCCAGGAAGAACUCCAUGAGGACACUGAGGACGUCCCUGACGAAACCCGAUUCGGCCCUCUAACAUUUGACGGAGCAGCUGAUAAACCACCUCGACGGUCGAGGCUAUGGAGGAAGAAGCCUGCGGCACUGACUGAUGGCGUUGAUCGCCACGGAGAUGAGCUUCCCCUCACUGUUCAAAGCCCAGUGUCCCCCGGCACGACAGCCGAGACCGAAGGUUCCAAACACAAGAAGAAACACGACAAGUCUAAGAAAGAUGAAUACCAAGACAAUGAGGAAUAUCCAGUUGCCUAUAACGAAGCAUACGAAGAAGAUGAUUACGGCGAGCCACUUUGGAUGAAGUACAUCAAGGAGAAAGAUCGCGAAACCAUGCGUGUUCCAAUUUUUGAUUCGAUUUGGAUGCCUUCCUUGCCACUUAUUGGAAAGAAGGUGGAUACGAUAUACUACUGUCGCAAGGAGCUGGCUCGUUUAAACCUGGAGAUUGAAAUCGACCAGCAACAUCCAGAGAAAUUUCCUCUUAUGAAUUCGGCUUUCGUACAAUUCAAUCAUCAGGUUGCUGCGCAUAUGGCUUGCCAAUCCGUUGCCCAUCACAUCCCCCAGCAAAUGGCUCCACGGCUCGUCGAGAUCUCACCGGACGACGUGAUAUGGGAUAAUAUGUCAAUCCGAUGGUGGGAGAGGUAUUUGAGGACCUUUGGCGUUGUCAUUAUUGUGUCAGCUAUGGUUAUCGGCUGGGCAUUCCCUGUUGCAUUCACCGGCUUGCUUUCCCAGCUCUCGUACCUGGAAGGCAAUAUCGUGUGGCUUAGGUGGCUUUCACGUCUCCCUCAAUGGCUUCUUUCCGCCAUCCAAGGCAUCUUACCGCCUUUAUUCCUGUCCAUUUUGAUGGCUCUAUUACCCCUUAUGCUCCGUUUUCUCUCGAAGAACCAGGGAGUUCAUACAGGCAUGGCCAUUGAACUUACAGUUCAAAACUAUUUUUUUGCAUUCUUAUUUGUACAGCUGUUUCUCGUCGUCUCUAUUUCAUCCGGCUUCUCGACGAUCUUUAAUUCGAUCAAAGACGUGACAAGCGUACCUGAGCUUCUGGCAACGAAUAUACCCAAAUCUAGCAACUACUUUUUCUCUUAUAUGGUUCUCCAGGCUAUGUCGGUCAGCGCCGGUGCUCUCGUUCAAAUUUUCAAUUUGGUGAGCUGGUUCAUACUGGCGCCGAUUUUUGAUAGCACUGCAAGAAUGAAGUGGGCUAGGACGACAAACUUGAAUCAGAUGCAGUGGGGAACAUUCUUCCCGGUGUAUACCACUCUCGCGUCAAUCGGGCUGAUCUACUGCGUCAUAUCCCCACUAAUCAUGAUAUUCAACGUGCUUACAUUUACGCUGUUUUGGGUUGUCUACCGGUACAACACGCUUUAUGUGACGAAGUUCCGCUUUGAUACUGGCGGCUUACUCUUUCCCAAAGCUAUAAAUCAGCUUUUUACCGGCGUGUACGUUAUGGAGAUUUGCCUUAUUGGUAUGUUCUUCCUCGUCCGCGACGAGAAAGGCGAGGUUGCAUGCGAAGGCCAAGCUAUCUGUAUGAUAGUCCUUCUUAUUGCUACCAUUCUUUUCCAAUUUCUUUUAAACCGGGCAUUCCAACCUCUCUUUCGGUACCUGCCGAUAACGCUGGAGGACGAAGCCAGUCAGCGCGACGAGGAAUUUGCUCGUGCCCAGAGACGCAGACUAGGACUGGAAGAUGGAGAAGACGAAGAGGAAGAUACCAGCCCUGACGACAAAAAGCAUAAGCGAGAGAAUGAUAUUGAGCUGAACCGUAUUGACAGCAAAAAGCCCCAAAGAAACGCACUCACCCGGCUUAUCCCUGGGAAGAGUGGCACUAGACCUCUUUCCUGGGCGGAUCCUUCUCGAAAACAAAGAUCUCGCUACUUUGGUGGCAGGCCGGACCCGAACAUGCCUACGAUACAGCGUAUGCGGCAAAAGCUUGCAGAAGAUACCGAGGCCCAAGCACCGACCAGUUCGAUAAACCAGGCCUUGUUUGACGGUAUCCACGAUGAGCUAGAAGACUUAACCCCCGAUGAGCGUGACCAGCUUGUUCAACGUGCCUUCCAGCACGAGGCGCUUCGCAUGAAGAGGCCUGUGAUCUGGAUCCCACGGGAUGAUCUCGGCGUGAGCGACGAUGAAGUGUUCCGCACGCAGAGGUUCAGCAAACAUAUAUGGAUUAGUAAUGAGUAUCAGGCGUUGGAUGGACGUUGUCGUGCCAUUUUCAGUCGAAGUCCCCCUGAUUUCUCGGAGGUCGAUCUCAUUCAACUCUAG